CGGCCUUAACUGCGCCUAAGGCCAUAAGAAGUACCACGUGGUUCACCUAUCGCAUCAUGGCGUCACAGCGUUGGAUCCCGCUUGAGUCAAAUCCAAAAGUGUUAAACAAGUAUAUCCAGAAUCUUGGAGUAAGCAACGAUUGGCAGUUUGUGGAUGUCUAUGGAUUGGAUGAUGAAAUGCUGAUGAUGGUGCCAGGACCACAGGCUGCGGUCAUGUUGCUGUACCCACUGACUGAAAAUGCAAAGACCAAAGAAAUCGGAACAGUUGACAGUUCCUAUCCAUCAAGUGCUUACUAUUUAAAGCAGACUAUUGGCAAUGCUUGUGGGACUGUGGCAUUGGUGCAUGCCCUUGCCAAUAAUGAGGACAAGAUUACUUUUGAUGAAACAAAACAUUUCCGCAAGUUCCUCAACGAAACAAAGAACGCUACUCCAGAAGAGAGAGCCAAAUUUCUGGAAAACGACCAGGAGAUGGGAUCAGCUCAUGAAGAAAGUGCCCAAGAAGGAGAUACUGAGGCACCUUCACGCGAUGUGAGUGUAAAUCCUCACUUUGUGACCUUUGUCAAUGUGGAUGGAAAUCUUUAUGAGAUGGAUGGACGUAAAGAAGCUCCAGUCAACCAUGGCAAGACCAGCUCCGACACUUUGCUUCAGGACACGGUCAAGGUUGUACGAGAGUUCAUGGCCAGGGACCCUGAUGAAAUCAACUUUACUCUUAUGGUUUUGGCCAAAGUGAAUGAAUAAGAACCCACUUGCUUCAAACCUUGACCACCCAGGAUUCAUUUUGCAAACAGCUACUCUGUGCCCAUCACAAAGCUUGUGUAAAUCUAGUCCUUAAUGCUAUUCAGCCUGCUGCAGUCUUACAAGAGCUAAUGUGCCAUGUCAUGAGACCCAUGACCAAGGGUUGUGAUAAUGCACUUGAGUUUGUGACAGUGCAGUCUCUGCACUGCUGUUGUUGAGAGCUUGUCUGUGUUUCACCGAACUGUUCUUUUUUUUUUUUUUUUUUCCAUCACAAACAGUUUACAAACUGAGCGUCAUGUGUUUAAGAUACAUGAUAUUCUUCAUGUGCGAAAGACUUUUUUUCCUGUCCAGAUAAUGCCAGUGCUUUUUGUGCUGCUCAGUACAUCCUUUAUUCCAAAGUUUUACUUUGAUCAAAGUCUGUGUGUGCAUUAUUUAAAACAGCAAGGAUAUGCUCUGUAAUACGGCAAUUUGCAAAAAAGCUUAAGGUUCUUUUAGCAAUAUGGGUGUAAGCUUGCGUCCAAACUUUACUAAAACUGUCAAAAAAUGUAACACCUAGUAAUGUGUGUUUGAUGUGCUGGCUUACUCUGGCUACAUUUCACUCUUUGGAAUGCAAUGCAAUUCAAUGCAAGAAAAAUUUCAUUUGUUUAACUUCUAGAAUUUGUAAAACUUGGAGCAAGUUUGAAACAAGUGAACUAGUUGUUACAGCAUGGAAGAUUGGACUUGCCAGGAGUCUUUAGUGGUUCGGGAAGGGAAGUCUUUAGAAGUUGCUUUUCCUGUUUUAAAAUAUUGCCAGGUAUUAUAAGACAAAGACCAAAACAAAGUACAGUGUUUUGCAUUGCACUUAAUGUUUGGCUUUUUUUUUUUCUGGUUUUAAUUUAGUUUUGUACUAUCCUAGAAUGGGAAAUGCAUCUGCUCUACUCUGGUGAGUUUAUAUCUCUCUUGCUGAGGUUUUUUUUU